AACAGUGCUGGCGGGAAACAGGGACACGUUUUACAACAGAGUUCCCAUCAAGAAGUUUGAGGAGUUUGGAAAAACUACACUAUGGCAGCCGAAAGCCUGAUUGAGCUCAGAGACUGGCUGUUCCUGCUGCUCCUCUGCCUCACAUUAUUGGUCGAAGUGCUGGAGUUUGCUGCAGCAACAGCUGCCAUCACUGAGGCUGCGCUUGGGGAGGCGGAGCUUCAAGGUGAAGUUCCAUGUCCAUCAGCAUGUAGGUGCGACGAUGGUUUCAUUUACUGCAACGACCGUGGAUUAAGCAUCAUACCACCAUUACCGUUAACAGCAGCUGUGCUUUAUUUACAAAACAAUCGCAUUGACAACGCUGGUCUACCGGUCUCGUUAGAGAGGCGAAUGACUGUUCGUGUAGUUUAUCUUUAUGACAAUGAGCUCGAUGACUUUCCAACACACCUGCCUCCAUCGUUGCGUGAACUCCAUCUUCAGGACAACAAUAUACGAACGUUGCCUCGUGCUGCUCUUGCACGUUUACCAUUGCUCGAGAAGCUGCACAUGGACGAUAAUUCAAUUUCAACUGUGAGUAUUGAAGAAAAGGCCUUUGCAAAUAAUCCACGGCUACGACUUCUCUUCUUGUCACGCAACCAUCUCUCGAGCAUACCCUCAGGGCUGCCGUCAUCACUAGAGGAGCUUCGAUUAGAUGAUAACCGAAUUUCUACUAUUCCAACACACGCGUUCAGGGGACUCGCCUCCCUUAGACGCCUCUUCCUUGAUGGGAACCUGUUGGCAAAUCAGCGCAUAGCUGAUGAUACAUUUUCACGACUGUCUAAUUUAACAGAGCUCUCUUUGGUACGCAACUCACUUCAGUCACCACCUUUAAACCUUCCCAGCACUCAUCUACUUCGACUGUAUCUUCAGGACAACGCCAUGGUGCACAUGCCACGGAGUUCCCUGGAAGGCAUGCGAAGGUUACAGAAGCUUGACUUGUCAGGCAACAACCUCACAACCCUACCCAGGGGUUUAUUCAGGGACUUGGACAGCAUUUCACAGCUGCUUCUCCGUGGGAAUCCCUGGUAUUGUGGCUGCAACCUACGCUGGCUACAUGAUUGGUUGCAUGUCCGAGGCUCAUCGGUAACUGUCAGGGGUCUAACCUGUCACGGUCCAGAAAAAGCCAGGGGCAAAACUCUUAGGGACCUCACAAGUCAGAUGGAACAAUGUGAGGUAGAUGGACCUGGGGGAGGUGGUGGAUUGGGUGGAAGUGAUGGAGCCAAGAGAGACCAAGGAGAUUUUCCAACAAACACUCCAACCACAACAACCCCUCCACUUCCACAAGGUUCUCUAUUUACCCUCAGGUCCAGACGACCUGUGCACAGGUACCCUGAUUUGGGACAGGAUGGCUCUGUUGUUGGUGCAGAUGGGGUUACUGGCAAGUCAUUAGUUAUCAGUGUGAAGCCUUUAACUCCAGAGACAGUCCAUAUUACAUGGCAGGCUGCUCAACCAGCCUCAGCUUUCAGGCUGUCAUGGUUAAGGCUAGGCAACAACCCAGCCAUGGGUUCCAUUACAGAGACACUGGUCCCAGGGGACCGACGAGAGUAUUUACUUACUCAAUUACAACCCCAUUCAAGUUAUAUUAUCUGCUUGGUGCCUCUUGUUGUGAACAAGGGAAAAUGGACAUCGAUUACAGCAACAGGAGGGUUAAAUAUGAACUCUGAGUCAGAGCAUGAGCAUCCUGCUUGUGCUAGAACAGAGACAGCUUAUCCCCAACUUCAACCUGGUACUGACCAAGGCCAGGAUGAACAGGGUUCAGAUGAACUAACAUCCUACCACUUGCAGGGAUUAUAGGAUGGGGUAACUGCAUGUGUUUCCUUAUUCUUAAUUUUUGGGCUCUUCUGCUGGUAUGGACAUCGUGCAGGGUACCUUACAGCUGACGAUCACACUGUCUACGGACGAGAUGUUGUCGCUUCCCGUAGUAGUGGCAGCAUUAUGAUGACUACGUCGAAUCUGGUACAAUUAAGGACAACUCAAUCUUCAGAGAUUGGGACUCAUGGUUUCCAGAUGACGCCACUGGCAGCCCAUCAUCCCUUGCAACCAAAAGCAAAGGUUGAGGACAUGACAUACAUUCAUACUAUUUUUCCCUCAAAUAAUACAACACUUUACAGGAGCACCCUCAAUCACACAGCAAAUCCAGGCUAUGGGACCAACCGUGGAUACAGAGAAGGAGGAAUACCAGAUAUAGAUUAUGCCUACACGUGAUGGCCUCUGUACUGUCCCCCAUCUGUUUUGGCCACUACUUUUCAAACAGUAGCUAAGUAGGGGUUUGUUCAUUUCUGUAGGUUCCAAAGUAGGGGGUGUGCCAAUUCUGAAGUAGCUUGUAUAUCACUCUUAUCCAUAGUCAUUCAUAACAUAAAAGUUGGCUGAAUAAUUUGUUUUAAAUAAACAUUUCUCCAAAUAAAGUGUAAAGUACAUCAUAAUUCACAUGAUAAAGAAGUCAGUUAAACCCUUGAAUUCAACUCAGUUGCUGCUUUAAUCAGACUUCCUAGUUGCCCAUAUAUUCCAAAAAUGAAACAUAUUCCAUAAGGAGCAAAAUGUGUCAUUGACCACUUAACAAUGGGUGCAAAGCCAGAGCACCCUGUGAAGGGCUUUAAAUGAUUUGUGUUGAUUUAUUCAGGUCAUGGUUCAUGCUUCUCCUACACAAGAAAAUGAAAUGACCUAAUUGUCAAAUGCAUAAUCAUGAAACAAGUUGACACACUUGGCACACCCCUUCUCCAAUAUACCCUUUGUGCCUCCUUCAGUCUGUUUCCAGUCUGUCUGUUAUUCAAUACAAUGUGGGGCAAAAACGGUCCCUAGAAUAUGCUUGUAUCACCUAAAAGAAACAAAAAAGUGCCAGAGAUACCACUCUUGGUAUUGACAUUAUCCAAAUUGGGUGAAAUUUACUGUCCUUCUUAGUACCAAUGAUUACCCGUUAUCCUUAAGAUAUGUCAUAUUAAGGGGUAAACGUUUUAGCAUAAAAAUAAGUUGUAUAAUGAGGAAUCAGGUGUGUAUAGUUAUAGCUUUACUACCUGUAUUGUAUAUAUUUGCUGGUGGAAAAGGGUGCCUUCGAAUUCUUUGGGACACGUACUAUGGCAACAACAAACCAAGAACAAAAAGGGAAAACAAAAAGAAAAAAAAGUCAUUUGUUUGUUUGUGAUUCAGAUUCAAUGUCCUUAUUCUCCCCAUUCUGACUCUGUUUGCUUUUCUUUUAUUCUUGCCUGUUUUUCCUGUGCACGCUGUGCGAAGACUUUGUUCCUAGCCCAGAGAACUGACAGGGGUGAUAACAGUUUCGACAAUGAAGAAACUCAAACUGCUACUGGGUUUCUUUCCUUUUAAUGAGAUAGAAAAGGAAAGGAGAGAAUGUGUCAGGAAACAGCAGGUGGGCAGAGGGUGGUAAUGAAAUCUGUCAUAAAAUACAGGUAUUGGUAGAUGUCCAUUUUAAAAUAAAGUGGAUUUAUCCUGUAUCAUAUAAAAUGGUUUCCUGUAUAUCUGCACACUCUCAGUUAAGUUUAAUAAUUUUACUCCCUCAAAGAAAUACAGGAACAAUUAAAAUUAUUUUUUCCUUCCAAAAGACAAAACCAGAACAAGACAGGAAAUCAGUCAGGAUCUUUAAAACAAACAAACAACCCCCCCCCCCUUUAAAAGACAAUCAUGUCAAGGGAAACAUUUUUUAAUUCACAAUUCAAUCCAAACUGACAGGCUCAUACAGAUAAAACAGGCAUUUUCAUACAAAUCUAAUACAAGCUAAUAGGAAAGGGCGUAAAACAAAGUCUGGAGAAAAAGACAAAUUCUGAAUCCAAUGAAGGGCAAAGAGCUGUUAGCAAAGAUUUCCAUGAGUUUAACUCUGUCACUGUCAUCUCUAUGUAACAGGACAAGUGGUAUAUCCACCAUACCCUUAAGGUACUGAAACCACUGAAAUCAGGGAAGUAUAUGGACUGGAAAAAAAAAAUGUAACACUGGGGACCGCGACAUCUUGUGUAUGGGCCGUGAGUUGUAGAGCAGUACACAGUAAGUCCUCUAAAAUGGUUGUGGACAAUCUUGUACCCAGCAUAUUGCAUAAAAAUGGGAAGCAACACUUGUAAAGAUGGAAUGUUAGGAAUGUUGGAAAAUGCAGUUAAUAGUACUUAGGACCCUUUAAUUUUUCUGCCUUUUAUGAAAUAUUGUGAAAGUGAAAUAUUUUAACAAAAUAGUGAAUCUGUCAGUUCUUCACUUCUCAAAGGAAAUUCUCUGCAAUGAAUAUAGCUUGUUU